UCCCGGCGGCGGCGCUGCCUUUCGCCACCUGCUGGUGGAAGGAGGAGGAGGAGGCGGCGGCGGUGGUGUGCUCUCGAUCGGUCUCGGCAAGUCUCCUCAGUCGGGCAGCGGCAGCCAGUCGUCGUCGCCGCCACUGCGCGUCGCUCGACCGAGAUGUUGCAGCAGCAGCAGCCGCAGCCUCUGACGGCCAACGGGGCCUCCAACGGCCGGGGCCUCGCCAUGAGCGGCCACCCCGGCAUGGGGCCGCCGGGGCCGCACCACCGCUCCGCCGACGAGCCGGCGGCGGCGGCGGGCCUGGAGAACGGCGUCGAGAACGGACACGAAGCCCGCCGGGACAUCGGUGACAUCCUGCAGCAGAUCAUGACCAUCACCGACCAAAGUCUGGACGAGGCGCAGGCAAAGAAACACGCGCUCAACUGUCACAGAAUGAAGCCCGCCUUGUUCAGCGUGCUGUGUGAGAUUAAGGAAAAGACAGGCCUGUCCAUGAGGAACAACCAGGAGGAGGAGCCUCAGGACCCCCAACUGGUGCGUUUGGACAACAUGCUGCUGGCCGAAGGCGUGGCCGGGCCCGAGAAGGGCGGCGGGGCGGCGGCGGCCGUGUCGGCGGCCACCAGCUCAGGCGGCAUGUCACCCGACAGCUCUCUGGAGCACUCCGACUACAAGAGCAAGCUCAGCCAGAUACGUGGCAUCUAUCACACUGAGCUAGAGAAGUACGAGCAGGCUUGCACCGAGUUCACCACCCACGUGAUGAACUUGCUGCGGGAGCAGUCGCGUACGCGGCCCGUCACGCCGCGCGAGAUCGAGCGCAUGGUGGGCAUCAUCCACCGCAAGUUCAGCUCCAUCCAGACGCAGCUGAAGCAGAGCACCUGCGAAGCCGUCAUGAUCCUCAGGUCGCGCUUCCUGGACGCCAGGCGCAAGAGGCGCAACUUCAGCAAACAGGCCACCGAGGUGCUCAACGAGUACUUCUACUCGCACCUCUCCAACCCCUACCCCAGCGAAGAAGCCAAAGAAGAACUCGCCAAGCAGUGUGGGAUCACUGUCUCUCAGGUCUCCAACUGGUUCGGUAACAAGCGAAUCCGCUACAAGAAAAACAUUGGCAAGUUCCAGGAGGAGGCCAACCUGUACGCCAUGAAGAACGCCUUGGGGGCGCGGCAGGGCGACGACUCGCCGCACACACCCAACUCCACGGGUUCGGGCUCUUUCUCGGCCGACCUCUUCCUCCGAGUCCCGCCCGUCAACGGGGAGAGCGCUUACCAAAUGGGGGUGCAGGGCAACGGUAGCUGGCAGUCCCGGAGCUCGCCCCCGCCGGGCGGCUCGCCUCGCAGCGAUCAGUCGGACAACUCGGACUGAGCGACAAAGACAGAAGGAAUGACUUCACCCCGGCCCGCUGGUUUUUUCCCUCCUCGGUUUUAUUUUGUGGUGGUGUGCAUGAAUUCAUUCUUCUGAAUAUUAGCGUCAGGGGUUGUCAUUUUUUCCACUCCGUGUUAUCGUGGACGGACGGACGGUCGGUCGGUCUGUACGUUCGCCACUGCUGUUUUCUGACGGGAGCGAAUGAGGCAAUAGAGAAAAUCCAAAGACUUUGUAUGUUUGUUUCUCUGUCUUUUUGUUUCUCGCUUUUGUGGUUUUCUACAAGGCCGAGUGUUGUUGUCCUUUUUUUUUUUUUUUUUUUUUUCUGUACAGUGGUUUCAACACCUGUAUUCUCUCUACCUCUUUUACAAUAAAGACUGUGUAUUCA